CAGCCGCACUACCGCCUCACUUUCACCUGCUCCCCCUGCAACACCAAAUCCACCCACCACAUCUCCAAGCAGGGCUACCACCGCGGCUCCGUCCUCGUCACCUGCCCCGGCUGCCGCAACCGCCACGUCAUCGCCGACCACCUCAACAUCUUCAGCGACCGCCACUUCACCGUCGAGGACCUCAUGCGCGAGAAGGGCCAGCUCGUCAAGAAGGGCACCCUGGGCGAGGACGGCGAUGUUGAGUUUUGGGAG